AUGAAGCUCCCCGUGUUGGUGGCGUUUCUCUCCCUCGCCCACCUGGCACGGUCGGACGAGAAUGACGUCACCAUCGGUGCCGGGGUCACCCCCGUGCAGAAGGUCCUCGACCUUUUGGCUUCGAUGAAAGUGAGGGGCGAGGAAGAGAAGCAAAAGGAAGCCCUGCAGUAUGCCAAGUACGAGCAGUUCUGCGCGAAUACACAGGAGGAGAAACAGAAGUCACUGAAGGACACUGCUUCCCAGAUUGAGAUCUUGAAAGCAGACCUUGGCAAGAUUUCUUCGGACAUCGCUGAUGCCGAGGCAACGCUGCCGGACCUGACAAAGGACAUCGACAAGUGGACCGCAGACAAGGACACAGCGGGGAAGGAGCGCCAGGAAGAGCGCUUGGCUUACACGAAGGCGCAUGGCGAGUACCUGAAGGCGAUCCAGAAUGUUGGGAAGGCCUACACCACGCUGAAAUCCCAGGACGUGGACAAGGAGCAGGCCAAGUCCUUCAUCCAGUUCCCGGAUCUACUGGAGGAGGGCACGGAUGGGGUCUCCGCCGAGGCGGAUGCGCUGAGUGCCCCGUCCGGUGCGCGUGCAGCUAUACAGGCCUUCCUGGCUGAGAAUAGUGAGAUCUCAGUGGCAGCAGAGGGCCCCGGGAAAGCCAAGGGCUACGAGUUCGGCUCCGACAAAAUCCUGGACCUGCUGAAACAGUUGGAGGGCAAGUUCAAGAAGGAGCGGAUGACCAUGGAGAAGGAGGAAAUGGACAAGAA